CCGUCCCCCGCGGGUCUCCUGUGUGUGCAAUGGACGGCAUCGUCCCAGACAUAGCAGUUGGUACAAAGCGGGGAUCUGACGAGCUCUUCUCUGCCUGUGUCACUAACGGACCCUUUAUCAUGAGCAGUAACUCGGCCUCCACAGCAAAUGGAAACGACAGCAAGAAGUUCAAGGGGGACAACAGGAGCACAGGCGUGCCGUCCAGGGUGAUCCACAUCCGAAAGCUGCCCAGUGACGUCACUGAGGGGGAGGUCAUCUCCUUGGGGCUGCCCUUCGGGAAGGUCACCAAUCUCCUGAUGUUGAAAGGGAAGAACCAGGCCUUCAUCGAGAUGAACACGGAGGAGGCCGCCAACACCAUGGUGAACUACUAUACGUCGGUGACGCCCGUACUGCGCGGCCAGCCCAUCUACAUCCAGUUCUCCAACCACAAGGAGCUCAAGACGGACAGCUCGCCCAACCAGGCACGGGCCCAGGCAGCCCUGCAGGCGGUGAACUCAGUCCAGUCGGGAAACCUGGCCCUGGCUGCGUCGGCCGCGGCGGUGGACGCGGGGAUGGCAAUGGCUGGCCAGAGCCCGGUGCUCAGGAUCAUCGUGGAGAACCUCUUCUACCCGGUGACCCUGGACGUGCUUCACCAGAUCUUCUCCAAGUUCGGCACCGUCCUGAAGAUCAUCACUUUCACUAAGAACAGUCAGUUCCAGGCGCUGCUGCAGUUCGCCGAGCCCGCGAGCGCCCAGCACGCUAAGCUGUCGCUGGACGGCCAGAACAUCUACAACGCCUGCUGCACCCUGCGCAUCGACUUCUCCAAGCUCACCAGCCUCAACGUCAAGUACAACAACGACAAGAGCCGUGACUACACGCGCCCCGAUCUGCCAUCCGGCGACAGCCAGCCCUCGCUAGACCAGACCAUGGCCGCAGCCUUCGGCCUCUCCGUCCCUAACGUGCACGGGGCCCUGGCUCCUCUGGCCAUCCCGUCGGCGGCAGCGGCGGCAGCGGCGGCAGGCCGGAUCGCCAUCCCGGGGCUGGCAGGGGCAGGAAAUGCUGUCCUGCUGGUCAGCAACCUCAACCCUGAGAGAGUCACACCCCAAAGCCUCUUUAUUCUUUUCGGCGUGUACGGCGAUGUGCAGCGGGUGAAGAUCCUGUUCAACAAGAAGGAGAACGCCCUGGUGCAGAUGGCCGACGGGAGCCAGGCCCAGCUGGCCAUGAGCCACCUCAAUGGGCACAAGCUGCACGGGAAGCCGGUGCGCAUCACACUCUCCAAGCACCAGAACGUGCAGCUGCCCCGUGAGGGCCAGGAGGAUCAGGGCCUGACCAAGGACUAUGGCAACUCGCCCCUGCACCGCUUCAAGAAGCCCGGCUCCAAGAACUUCCAGAACAUCUUCCCGCCCUCGGCCACCCUGCACCUCUCCAAUAUCCCGCCUUCCAUCUCCGAGGAUGACCUCAAGAUUCUCUUCUCCAGCAACGGUGGGAUCGUGAAAGGGUUCAAGUUCUUCCAGAAGGACCGCAAAAUGGCGCUGAUCCAGAUGGGCUCCGUGGAGGAGGCCAUCCAGGCGCUUAUCGACCUGCACAACCACGACCUGGGUGAGAACCACCACCUGCGGGUGUCCUUCUCCAAGUCCACCAUCUAGGCCGCCACCGAGGACCAGCCUGCCGGGCACCCGGCGACGACUUCCAUCAUUCCAGAAAAAAGCCACUUUAAACAGCAGCUGAAGUGACCUUAA